CACACGCCAUCCCGCCUCACCCUCCUCUGGAUGGCCAUCUCCCUCCCCCUCGUGGCCUGGGACACCGGCUACGUCCUCCUCCGCCCGCACACCAUGCCGGGCGGCUCGCUGCACCGGCCCCUCUGGACGCCCUACGCCCUCUACGGCACGGUCGACGGCGUGUACGGCUUCAAGGCCUGGGAUGCCCGCGACGGAUUCACGGCCGCCCAGGGACUGCUGAACCUGUUCGAGUCGGCUAUGUAUGUCGUCUACUUGUGGCUCGCGCUGCGGGGGCGGGGGGGUCGGUUGACGUCCAGGCCGGCGGCGGCGGCGGCGGGGAGGCAGAAUGCGCUGGGGUUGUUGGUCGGGUUUAGUGCCGCUGUCAUGACGCUCAGCAAGACGGUCCUUUACUGGGCUAAGGAGUAUUUUGCCGACUUUGAUAAUAUUGGGCAUAAUGAUGCCGUUACCCUUUUCUUCCUUUGGGUUAUUCCCAACGGCGCAUGGCUUGUCGGGCCCACUUACCUGAUUUUCUCCAUGGGCCGCGAGAUU